UCUAUUCAAAAUUUAAAUUCCUCGGAUAAGACCACUUGCUGAGUAACGCUUGGCGCUUCGGCUCUCCAAUUCUAGGGUUCCCGUCACUGGCUCUGAGAUUUUUCGCUUGGUUCUCCGGUGUUCUUUGAAUCUUGGGAGGUCUGUUUUGUGGAGAAAACCCUAAUUUUGUGCGGGAAAGCUUGGAAUAUUGGGGGUUUUAUGCACUAGAAAAAUGUUUGGUGAUGGGAAUACGAGCAAUGGGGAUGGGAAUGAACACAUGGCACCAGCUGUUCUUUGCAGGAGUGAAGCAGUGCAAAACGGGUUUGCGGCUGGAACUGGCAUUGAUGUCACUGAUGGGAGCUCGAGUGGGGGUUUCCAAACUUAUAAGAGGCGGAAGCGCAGGAAGGGGAGUUUAGAAACUGAACCUAUAAAAGAUGGAAGGUGUUUGGUCAAAGCGGGGACUCAAUUAGCUGAUGAGACUGUAAAACAAUCAAUGGAUGUAGGUUUACUCAAUAAUUUUUCUAAGCGAGCGGUUAUUCCUAUGAUAGAUCAUCAUGCUAUUGUGAAUGGAUUAGAUGACAGCCCACAGCAGCAUUGGAGAAAUAUUGUACUGGACCAGAUGUACCGAUCAUUAAGUGAUAGUGAAGGUGGUAUUCGGGGCUGUGUCCGAGCUGCACUCCUAUCUUGUCCAGAAGUUGAUCAUACAACCACAAUUAAGAAACCUGUGCACUUUCACAAAGAUGUACGCUGUCCUCCCCACACAGGCUUGUUGCCAAAUGAAUCUGCAAGCAGAAGUCAUGUGGGUGUAACAUCUAAUGGAUCUCUCAGUGAAUCAGAUCAUCAUACUAUCACUGAGCUGUGUCGGCGAUCUUUCUUUAAGUUGAUAAUGUCAGAGAAGUUUGCAUCACUAUGUAAACUAAUGUUGGAAAACUUCCAAGGAAUCAAGGUUGACAAUUUUUUUGAUUUUAGUCUUAUACACUCAAGGAUGAUUGAAGGAGCUUAUGAGCGUUCACCCAUGCUUUUCUCUUCAGAUGUUCAGCAGGUAUGGAAAAAGCUUCAAAGAAUUGGUACUGAAAUAGUUUCUCUUGGAACGACCCUUUCAGAAAUGUCAAGGACUUCUUAUUCUGAAUUGGUGGAAGGUGCAGUGCUCAGUGCUUCUGAAGAUGGCAAAAAUGAGGUCUGUACCAGGGAAUCAGACUCGCACACUAAACUAGAGCAACUAGUGGCUUGUGGUGUGUUCAAAGUUUGCAGUUGCAGACAUUGUGGUGAGAAGGCAGAUGGGAGAGAUUGCUUAGUAUGUGAUUCCUGUGAGGAAGUAUACCAUAUUUCCUGUGUUGAGCCUGCUGUCAAAGUGAUUCCCCACAAAAGUUGGUAUUGUGUUGACUGCAUUGCGAGUAGGUUACCCCAUGAGAACUGUGUGGUCUGUAAGAAGCUGAAUGCUCAGAGAACCCUAAUUAAUGGGGUUGGUGAUGAUAUCAUAUCAAUGAAUGAAGAAACAGAUAUGGAAUUGGAAGAGAGUUCCAAUUGCAUAACAGAAGUUGGAAUUCAACAACAGAAAGAAACCAAAUACUUCCAACUUUGUAAAAUUUGUGGAAGUGACAUGGAAUUUGGCGAACAUCUGUUGGAAUGUGGCCACCCAUUCUGCCCUAAUAAAUACUACCAUAAGAGUUGCCUGACAAGUACAGAAUUAAGGAUGUAUGGUCCCUGUUGGUACUGCCCUUCCUGUCUUUGUAGAGCUUGCCUUACUGAUCGUGACGAUGAGAAGAUCAUUCUUUGUGAUGGCUGUGACCAUGCAUACCACAUUUAUUGCAUGAAUCCUCCUCGCACUUCAAUUCCAAGAGGCAAAUGGUUCUGCAGAAAAUGCGAUGCUGAUAUCCAGAAAAUACGCAAGGCAAAAAUGGUAUUUGAGGACCUUGAAAGGGAAAGGAAACAGAAAGGUGAACAGGUGAUCGAUAAAGAUGAAGAGGGACCGAUGGAUAUUCUACUGAAUGCGGCCCAGACACUUAACUUGCAGGAAGAAUUGGCUGCCAUCCGCAUGGAUAGGUAAAAUUAGAUGAGAAGUGAAGCCCUGAAUGGUUUUUGUUGGUAGGAGUUUUGUUCUGUAUCUCUUGACAAUGAGAAAGUCAUGGCUGCAUAACUUGGUGGGCUAAUAUUUUGAUUAAGUUGUAAACUGUGGUAGAUUUAGCUGACCUUUUGGAUGCAUAAUUCAGGCAAGCCAUGAUCUGCAGGUCAUGUGUUUGUUGACGGGCAUGUAACUGUAAAUGUGUCAUUUGGGCCCUGCAAAAGUGAAGGGAUCAAACAUCUGGAAACCAGUUUAGCCUUAACCUUCCUUUUACCCAUCAUUGCUACCAAGUCCAAGAAGUUGUACUUUUGAUCACAUAUUUUGUAAGGGUUUUUCAAGCCAGUGUUUGCAGUUUGUUGUAAAAUGAAACAGAUUUAUCCAUAUUGCGGGUUUCUUGAUCAUCAAACCUUUUCUUCAUUAAUCUUUCGAAUGUUUUAAUAUCUCGUCUUUGGUCACAUCUAGUACCUAUAAUCACUCAGGGAUUAAAGACCGUUAUUUUUCAGUUGUAAAAUGAAGCAGCUUUUCCAAA